AGCAUGAAAUGCUCAGACUAUAGACUCAUGAUUGGAAUCACAAAACCGAAAAAAAAUAAUUUUGAAGCUGCAGAACAUUUAGCAAUUCUUCAUCAAUUCAACGGAUGUACGGAAAACAAUAGAUUAAAGAUACCAUUGUUGGGGCCUGUUACUCAGUUCAAGGCGAUCGGCAAUUGUAUUGGAGUAGAAAACAGAGGACCUACAACUCCAUUUAUCACAUUGAAAAAUAAUUCAGUCUUAAACACGUUUUGGCUUGAAUGCGAUUCAUUUUCAUUUGACUGUACUAGAAACUAUAUUUAUUAUAAUGUUAAUCAAAGUAUAUUACAGUAUGAUCUCUUAAGUUCAAUGUUGUUCGAAGUUGAAGUGAUACAAAAAAUAGCUGUUAAUGCAAUAUCAAAUCUUUUUCCUCUAACACAUUUAAAUGAUAGAUAUUUGUUAGUAAAAUCGAUUCUUCCAAAUACAUAUGAAAUAUUUGACGUCAAAGAACAUGUUUCUAUUAAGUCUAUACGAUUAACUCCAGGGUAUAAAUUAGUUCAUGUGGGUAAAUUAUCUAUGAUAUUCUCUAAUUCCUGGAAAAUUUUAUUGGUUGCAUUUAAUUAAUUAUGUAAUUUUUUUUUUAUACAUGUAUUAUGAUUAUUGUUUUAAGCUCCAUUAUAAUGCAAUGCUUAUUGUAAAUGACGUUUUGUUGAUUAAUUUUGAAUUAAAAAUAUAUAUGUAUAUAUAUUUGAAAUCAUAAACUAACUAAAUGCUUUUUUUCACUAUGAUUGGGUAAACUUACUAUGAUUGUAUUCAAUAGGAUAAUAUAGAAAUUUGUAGCAUACUAUACUCCGGCUCACAAGAAAAGUAACC